GGUGGGGGUACUUCACAGCUGAGAUUUGGGGCUCCCAGCGGCGUCAUGCAGAGCCGAUCAUUGUCUCUCUCACACUUUCUAACUAGCAUUUCACAACAUGCAGACAGCGGAUCGAGCCGUACGCAGCAGCAGCAGCAGCAGCAGAUUUGCCCUCGAGGCUUCUUUCCUCCCCGACGUCGACCAUAACUAACAAUUUGGAUUCAGCGCUCGGAUGAGGGCAAUUACUGGCAAUAAUCUAUCAUAAUGUCUCCUUUCCGAUCGACUGAUAGUCUAAUAAGUGAAGCAAUGGCUGCACAGAUCUGAGUCCACCCCGUGUGAGAGAAGUGUUGCUUGUUUUAAAUUCAAACGAGAAAAAAAGAAAAGAAAAAAGGCACUUUGAUUUCAACGAGGAUCGGAUCGGUGGACACCAUGCACAGAUCAGCGGAUUUUACACUCAGAAAGCCGCUGAGUACGUUUGAUUUGGGAUUACUGUGACACACGCAGGUUUCUUCUUUUAAGGGGGAUUUUUUUUUUUUUUUUUAGUAGGAGUCUGCUUCCUUUCGCUCCUGUUCGCUGUCCUCCGGAUCCUGCAGGACUCCUGAGUCGCGGAGAGCCCAUGCAGUCGCCAAGGGAGAGGAGUGAAGUGCGACCCCGAGCUGGAUGGAUGGUUAUGGGGGAAAGAGGAAGACCCUCGGCGCUUGACGUGUGCAGAGUCCUAGUCGUGUUUCUCUCACUCUUCCCCUCUGUGAGUCUGCAGUGCAAGAUCCUCAAGUGUAACUCUGAAUUUUGGGCCUCCACGUCGAACUCUGGCCCGGAGGAGGAGUUUUGCACGGCACUGCGAGCGUACAACAGCUGCGUGCGCCGGACGGCUCGAACCUGCAGGGGCGACCUGGCUUACCACUCCGCCCAGCAUGGCAUAGAAGAUCUAAUGAGCCAACACAACUGCUCCAAGGAGGGGCCAACGUCGCAACCUCACGCCCGAACCCCAAUUCCACCUCCAUCCCCGCCGCUCCUACCCGACAGCCAGGAGCGCUCGGAUGGCCCGGAAGUGUGCCACUACGAGCGCAGUCUGGCGCGCAACACGGCCCCGCCUAACUAUACCCACUGCGGCUUCUUUGGAGACCCCCAUCUCCGAACCUUUGGAGAUGAUUUCCAGACGUGUAAGGUUGAAGGAGCUUGGCCGCUCAUCCACAACAAAUACCUGUCUGUCCAGGUGACCAACACUCCUGUGGUGCCGGGUUCAAUGGCGACUGCCACAAGCAAGCUGACAAUCAUCUUUAAGAACUUCCAAGAAUGUGUGGACCAGAAGAUGUACCACGCAGAGACGGACGAGCUACCCGCCGCGUUCGCCGACGGCUCUAAGAACGGAGGGGACCGCCACGGGGCGAACACCCUGCGCGUGGUUGAGAAGGUUCCGGGGCAGCACGUGGAAAUCCAGGCAAGGUACAUCGGGACGACCAUCGUCGUGAGGCAAGUCGGCCGCUACCUGACCUUCGCGGUGCGGAUGCCGGAGGAGGUCGUGAACUCCGUGGAGGAAGGCGACAACCAGGACUUGUACCUGUGUCUUCACGGCUGCCCCGCCAACCAACGCAUCGACUUCAGGAGCGUCCGGGCUCGAGCGGCCGAGUCUCAAGGCGCCAGCAGGACAAGGGGCAGCAGCUUCACCUACCAGUCGGCCAAGGCCAAGUGCAAAGAGCGGCUCCCAGUGGAGGACCUGUACUUUCAGUCCUGUGUGUUCGACCUCCUGUCCUCUGGAGACAUAAACUUCACCAUGGCCGCCUACUACGCCUUUGAGGAUGUAAAAAUGCUCCACUCAAACAGCAAGAGAUACCACCUCUAUGAAAAGGAUGCUUUCAUGAGCGGUGCGGCACAGAGGGGCUUCCUCUCACUCUUCUUCCUCAACCUCCUCGCUGUGUUAUCGUGGAGUUUGUGCUGCUCAGUUCAUCUAUAGUCCCUUUACAAACGAUUCCCUCAUGGACGUAUUUUCAGUGAGUGUUUGAGUACCAUCACUGUGUCAUUCAUUGGCUCCUUUCUGCUGCUCUGGGUCUGUGACGUGACCAGUGGCCUGCCUGCAGGCUCAGUCCCAGCUCUGAGUCUCAUUGUUUGGUGUUAUUGUUGUGUUUUGACUUCAGUCGAAUGACGGGGCGAGUUCACCGCGGUCUCAUCUAUCAUCGUGUGUAUUUAGCAGGUUCAUAGCGCUGGUCUUUGAUGGGCGCAGCGGUGAGAGAGAGCCCUGCGACUUCCAGAGCUCAGGACAUCCACCUGGGAUUAAAUCCACAUUCUCACCGGGGCUGCAUGCCUAUGGGAAUCCAGACAAGAUGAUCUUUUGCAGAAAGAGGAGUUUGCUGAUCCUGCCACCGGCUGAUCCCCCCCCCCCCCACUCCUCAUUGGUGCUGAGCCAGUGAAGCUCUCUUUGGCUCAUGUGGUGGAGCUAGAGGACCUGACAAGGCCUUUUGUCAACCUAAGGCCAGAAAGCAGCUCCAUGUUUGAUUAGUUUCCAGCUUUGGAAAAGCCUGAGCCUUUUUUUGGAGGAAGCACUCAGCCAAAAGGAUGUCAGAGCAGCGUCUCCAGUCGUCUGCAGUCGAGAUUAAUGGGUCAUAUUGUUCGGUUGUGUGUGUGUGUGUGUGUGUGUGUGUGUGUGUGUGUGCGUGCAUUACUACAAUACGUGUGCAGAAUUCAGAGUCUGUUGUUAAUUUUGUGUGUUCGUGCGGGUGUAGUGGUUCCCAGAAAUGAGAUAACCAAACUUCAGUUGGAAGAAAUCUUUCAAGGUCUUUGUGUUGCACCCAAAAUUUCAGAAAUAGAGAGGAAGAGGCACUCUGCAGUUUUGUUAAAAAAUUGGACUCUUUUUUUAGCCGGUGGAGCUAAUCCCCAACAAAGGGAAUAUAAAUAAUGUCUUCUCAUCUGUUAGUCGUUUUUCAGUGUCACACAGCCUUUCACUCCCAUUGUUUGAGCUGAGAUGUUGAUCAGUCAGUGUUUUGUAGUCUCAGUCGGUAAUGUGAAUGUACAGUAUACAUAAAAAGCAAAGGGCGACCUUAACAACGGCACUCCAGAGCGUUUACAGAUUUUAUAAUCCGACCAGUCAAACUACGACAACCUCCUCUGAAAGCAUUUUUGUGAAUUUAACUUUCCACUUGUCAAGUCGUUGCAAACAGUGGCGUUUAGUAGUACUAGCUGUAAAGAAGUCAGUUUAGCAUAAUAUAGACUUCCAGUGUGCUGACCUGACCGUGGCUUAGUGCGUAAAUGAUAAGCAUAUGUCUGUAGACGUGAUUUCAUGGCUUAAGUCAUUGCCAAAGAACAAGCCCUCGUGCCAACAUUUCCACAACAGCUGAAUUUUUCACCCUUCGGUCUUAAAACGACUCACUUUAAGGGCGAUUCUUAACUGUGUUGAACUUGUCUUUGUCAGAGUAAAAUGACUAACACACAUUAAAAAAACAGCUACUUUUAGUUCAGAUUAUUUGCAGUUCCACCUUUUUCUUUUUCUUGUGUUUCAUGCUAACACUCGUCACCACGAGACGUUUCCAUUUGAAACGCAGCUCUCAGCUGCAGUUUCUGGUAUUGUGUACGUCAGUCCUGGAGAUACUGUUAGUAUUCUCGGGCACAGAUUUACAUUCAUUCGUCCUUUUACACUGAAGUAUUUGGCAGGCCUUACUACUGCUAUUAGGAAUAUGUAUGGGUGCAGUUUAAUAACACACAAAAAAAAAAAAUCUUUAAACAGAUGAUUGUAAUGUUGAAACUUUGUGUUAAUAGAUGUGAUUUGUGUUGUGAGUUCUACAGUCAACAGUUCUACAUGUGUAAUGUGAGAUUGUACAUAUGUUUUGUGAGUUUAAAUUUGUAUACUACCAGUUGUGUUGAAUUGAACACUCCAGUUUUUGUACAUCAGAUGUUUUGGUGAAUGUGAACCUUUUUUUAUUUUUUUUUUAUUUUACAAAGCAAUUUUUGCAAAAAACAUGAACACCACAGAACAAAAUCUUCUGCACUAAAUACACAAACUUGUGUUUUUUCUUUUUUAUUUAACCAGGUAAUUAAUCCAUUGAGAUCAAGAUCUCUUUCACAAGGGUGACCUGGCCUAAGAGGGCAGCAGCACACGUCAUAAUAAAAAGUACAUGAUUAAGAAACAGUUUUCAAACUGUAGUUGUAGUGAGGUAAAGUCAUUUCUGUUUACUCAUUGGUUGGUAAUUUAAAAACACUUUGUUCAAUGCAAUCAGCUUACAUAUAAAGGGAAUGUAGGAACGUGUUAUGUGUUGUUCAUGUUUUGGAGUUUAAAGCACUUUAUGUUUACAUUUUUAUUCAGCUCUUAUUUUUCAAAUUUGUCAGACUGGUGAAAAAGAUUUAGAAAAACAAACAAACUGAAUGGGAAAUGCCAGACAGAUCAAACCGUGUUGUAAUGUAAAGAAAAUGUUGUGCUACAUGCCAGCUGUUUAUAAUGUAAAUUAUUUAUUGAAUAAAAGAAAAUGUCUUUAA